ACACAUGUCGUAUCCUAUUGAUUGGCAGAGGACCCUUCAAAGCAACAUGGCGGCCACCGGUGGGAAGUCUGUUUUGUUCGUGUGUUUGGGGAAUAUUUGCAGAUCCCCGAUUGCUGAAGCAGUAUUCCAGAAGAUGGUGACUGAUGCUGGGACUGUGGACAAGUGGAGGAUAGACAGUGCUGCCACCUCCACCUAUGAGAUUGGAAGUCCUCCCGACCACCGCGGGCAGGCCUGCAUGAAGAAGCACGGCGUGCCCAUGAGCCAUAUAGCCCGGCAGGUGACCAAGGAGGACUUCAUGAACUUUGAGUACAUUCUCUGUAUGGACGACAGCAACAUGAGCGAGCUGAAAAGGAAGGCGAAAUCUGUGAGCAACUACAGUGCCAAGAUUGAGCUACUCGGUUCCUAUGACCCCCAGAAACAGCUGAUCAUCAAAGACCCAUAUUACGGAAGCCAGGAGGACUUUGAAACAGUCUACGAACAGUGCGUGAGAUGCUGCAAAGUGUUCUUGGAGAACAAUUCCUAGCAACACCAUGACUGGACCAAUGCUAUGAUUGGCCCUCAAUUGUUCAUUAUGCUAUGUCCUCUUAACACUCAUCAACUGAGCCCAACUAAGCCACUCGUUAUAAUACACUGGCCAAGACAACCCCUGUUUGUUUGGCAAUGAUCUUCAGGAGUUGCACUGUAUAGGGAUAUAAGCUGUGUUGUGGUGAUGAGAAUUGGUCAUAAAUAAACUGUUUUAAAACAA